AACUGUAAUCACACAAUACUCCACCCAAGUGCUUGAUAAGGAUUUCUAAGACAGAUCCUAACAUAGUCAUAAAAAAAUCCCCUCUGAAAUGUGCACUUUGUACUGUGUCUAUGAGUAGGUGUGUUUAAAAUGUCACGAACUGGAAUGCCUAACUCUAGUUCCCAGGAAUUAAUCACUUAGAAGAGUGAAAGGGGGGAAUUAACUUUCUUUAAAACUUAUAAGUUUCUCCAAAGCAGCAGCCAAAAUAGAACUUGCUGAAUAGAAAUAUGGUUAUCUUUCCAUAAGAACUAAAAAUCUUUUUUUAACAUAUUUUUCUCUGAAACUGCUUUGCCAAGUUUCCUCUUGUGGAUUAGCUGCAGGUCACAGAUAUUCUGGGAAUAAAGAUAUGAAAGGAUUUUUUUUUCUUUCUUGGUUACAAUUCAAUGAUUUUAGUAAAUUUAUAGAUUUGUGCAAUCAUCACAACUAUCUAGUUUUAGAGCAUUUUGAUUGCCCAACAGAAUUCCCUCAAGUUCUAUUUGCAGUCUAUUCCUGUUCAAAUCCUUAGCCCUGGGCAACCACGGCUUUAUGUUUCUAUAAAUUUGCCUUUCCAGUUCAUAUAAAUGGCCAUUUCAUAUAAAUGAAAAUCAUACAAUAUGUUGUUUUUCAUUUGGCUUUCAGCAUAUGUUUUUGAAGUUCAUUCGUGAUGUAGCAAACAUCAGUAUUUCUUCCCCUUUUAUUGCUGAACAAUAUUCCAUGGUAUGGAUACACCCUGUUUUGUUUAUCUACUCACCAGCUGAUGGGUAUUUAUGUUGUUUCUUUUGUUUAUCUGCUCACCAAUUGAUGGGUAUUUGUCUUGUUUCCAGAUUUUGGCUAUUAUAAAUAAUGCUGCUAUGAACAUUCUGGUGUGUGUUUUUGUGUGAACAUGUUUCCUGUUCUCUUGAGUAGAAUCCUAACUUGCUGGGUUGUGCAAAGGGUUAUUGACUGCUGCUAUACACGAGGUUCCAUCUGAUUCAGGUAUGUAGUGUCAGUGGAAACUUAUCAAGCAGUUUUUAACUUACUUUUUAAAAUCGGCUGAUGCACCCAUUACUAAAGGGAUGGUCUAUAAAAACAACUGUUGUGAUUCGAUAAAUGCUGAACAGAGAGGAGAGGUCGAAGUCCAGCUAAUGUCAGCUGAUAUGUGGCCAGGUUCAUCUUUGGACAGGCUUCCAAAAGGGAGUUUAUGAAACUUGCUUCAUGGAUCAAGAGAUGUCCUAAUCAUUACAGAUCCCGGGCAUCUUUGUAUAAUAUAUGUAUGAUCAGAUUGAUCGUGACUUCACACUCCCUCUAGGACCACGUGGAAGGGUUGAGAAAAUCCAGGCAAUAGUUUGUAGCCAAACAAGAGCAAAACUCGAGUACCUCUGAGGGAAAGCCGGACCCCUUUUCCAUCCUCUCCUGUGUAAGUAACUUCAUUUAUAAGCUGAAAUGGCGCUACCAGAUCAUCCUAUUACCAUCACCAUGCCUCAUUAGAGUGGGGACUUUCGGCGGUGGCUUGGGAAGUACCCAAAGUUUUAGGGGUUACAGCAGAGGCCAAAAAGGCAGACAGAGGAAGCAGGGUAGCGCUCUGAAAAGGUUCAGGGCCAGGGACCCACAGGGGGAGGCAGGAGUGGCAGGCACCACGAUCUGCUCUCUGGCGCUCUACAGGAAAGCACCGGGAGUCAAUGUCCUCGCGCGUCCCUUGCGCAGAGUGUGGUGCGAGGUUGGGGGGGUUACUGGGGACCCAGGGGGCUAUCACCUUGGACACCUAUGGUGGGGGGAAGGCUGAGGAGUAAGAUAACCGGGCAGCUGGAAACUUACAGCUCUUCCCCCGCAGUGGAGGAAUGAGGAGUUUAAAGGCCACGUCCACACAGAGGGUGACAGAGGCAUCCUCUCCGCGCAGGACGCGGACUGGGGCCAGGCACGCAGCGCCACCCGGAUCCUGGAGUCGUCAAGAAAAACGCGGGCGGGCAGGCCGAAGAGGCGCGCUCGGCGGCUCAUUCCGCGGCCGCCGCCAGCUGAGGGGAGCGUCGCGGGCCGAGGAGCAGAUGCCGCGGGGGCCGCUCGCAGCCGCCGCUGACUUGUGAAUGGGACCGGGACUGGGGCCGGGACUGACACCGCAGCGCUUGCCCUGCGCCAGGGACUGGCGGCUCGGAGGUUGCGUCCACCCUCAAGGGCCCCAGAAAUCACUGUGUUUUCAGCUCAGCGGCCCUGUGACAUUCCUUCCUGUUGUCAUUUGUUGAGUGACCAAUCAGAUGGGUGGAGUGUGUUACAGAAAUUGGCAGCAAGUAUCCAAUGGGUGAAGAAGAAGCUAACUGGGGACGUGGGCAGCCCUGACGUGAUGAGCUCAACCAGCAGAGACAUUCCAUCCCAAGAGAGGUCUGCGUGACGCGUCCGGGAGGCCACCCUCGGCAAGACCACCGUACGGUUGGUGGAAGGGGUGACAGCUGCAUUCUCCUGUGCCUACCACGUAACCAAAAAUGAAGGAGAACUACUGUUUACAAGCCGCCCUGGUGUGCCUGGGCAUGCUGUGCCACAGCCAGGCCUUUGCCCCAGAGCGGCGGGGGCACCUGCGGCCCUCCUUCCAUGGGCACCAUGAGAAGGGCAAGGAGGGGCAGGUGCUACAGCGCUCCAAGCGUGGCUGGGUCUGGAACCAGUUCUUCGUGAUAGAGGAGUACACCGGGCCUGAUCCCGUGCUUGUGGGCAGGCUUCAUUCAGAUAUUGACUCUGGUGAUGGGAACAUUAAAUACAUUCUCUCAGGGGAAGGAGCUGGAACCAUUUUUGUGAUUGAUGACAAAUCAGGGAACAUUCAUGCCACCAAAACGUUGGAUCGAGAAGAGAGAGCCCAGUACACGUUGAUGGCUCAGGCGGUGGACAGGGACACCAACCGGCCACUGGAGCCACCGUCGGAAUUCAUUGUCAAGGUCCAGGACAUUAAUGACAACCCUCCGGAGUUCCUGCACGAGACCUAUCAUGCCAACGUGCCUGAGAGGUCCAAUGUGGGAACGUCAGUAAUCCAGGUGACAGCUUCAGAUGCAGAUGACCCCACUUAUGGAAAUAGCGCCAAGUUAGUGUACAGUAUCCUCGAAGGACAACCCUAUUUUUCGGUGGAAGCACAGACAGGUAUCAUCAGAACAGCCCUACCCAACAUGGACAGGGAGGCCAAGGAGGAGUACCACGUGGUGAUCCAGGCCAAGGACAUGGGUGGACAUAUGGGCGGACUCUCAGGGACAACCAAAGUGACGAUCACACUGACCGAUGUCAAUGACAACCCACCAAAGUUUCCGCAGAGCGUAUACCAGAUGUCUGUGUCAGAAGCAGCCGUCCCUGGGGAGGAAGUAGGAAGAGUGAAAGCUAAAGAUCCAGACAUUGGAGAAAAUGGCUUAGUCACAUACAAUAUUGUUGAUGGAGAUGGUAUGGAAUCGUUUGAAAUCACAACGGACUAUGAAACACAGGAGGGGGUGAUAAAGCUGAAAAAGCCUGUAGAUUUUGAAACCAAAAGAGCCUAUAGCUUGAAGGUAGAGGCAGCCAACGUGCACAUCGACCCGAAGUUUAUCAGCAAUGGCCCUUUCAAGGACACUGUGACCGUCAAGAUCGCAGUAGAAGAUGCUGAUGAGCCCCCUAUGUUCUUGGCCCCAAGUUACAUCCAUGAAGUCCAAGAAAAUGCAGCUGCUGGCACCGUGGUUGGGAGAGUGCAUGCCAAAGACCCUGAUGCUGCCAACAGCCCAAUAAGGUAUUCCAUCGAUCGUCACACUGACCUCGACAGAUUUUUCACUAUUAAUCCAGAGGAUGGUUUUAUUAAAACUACAAAACCUCUGGAUAGAGAGGAAACAGCCUGGCUCAACAUCACUGUCUUUGCAGCAGAAAUCCACAAUCGGCAUCAGGAAGCCAAAGUCCCAGUGGCCAUUAGGGUCCUUGAUGUCAACGAUAAUGCUCCCAAGUUUGCUGCCCCUUAUGAAGGUUUCAUCUGUGAGAGUGAUCAGACCAAGCCACUUUCCAACCAGCCAAUUGUUACAAUUAGUGCAGAUGACAAGGAUGACACGGCCAAUGGACCAAGAUUUAUCUUCAGCCUACCCCCUGAAAUCAUUCACAAUCCAAAUUUCACAGUCAGAGACAACCGAGAUAACACAGCAGGCGUGUACGCCCGGCGUGGAGGGUUCAGUCGGCAGAAGCAGGACUUGUACCUUCUGCCCAUAGUGAUCAGCGAUGGCGGCAUCCCGCCCAUGAGUAGCACCAACACCCUCACCAUCAAAGUCUGCGGGUGCGACGUGAACGGGGCACUGCUCUCCUGCAACGCAGAGGCCUACAUUCUGAACGCCGGCCUGAGCACAGGCGCGCUGAUCGCCAUCCUCGCCUGCAUCGUCAUUCUCCUGGUCAUUGUAGUAUUGUUUGUGACCCUGAGAAGGCAAAAGAAAGAACCACUCAUUGUCUUUGAGGAAGAAGAUGUCCGUGAGAACAUCAUUACUUAUGAUGAUGAAGGGGGUGGGGAAGAAGACACAGAAGCCUUUGAUAUUGCCACCCUCCAGAAUCCUGAUGGUAUCAAUGGAUUUAUCCCCCGCAAAGACAUCAAACCUGAGUAUCAGUACAUGCCUAGACCUGGGCUCCGGCCAGCGCCCAACAGCGUGGAUGUCGAUGACUUCAUCAACACGAGAAUACAGGAGGCAGACAAUGACCCCACGGCUCCUCCUUAUGACUCCAUUCAAAUCUACGGUUAUGAAGGCAGGGGCUCAGUGGCUGGGUCCCUGAGCUCCCUAGAGUCGGCCACCACAGAUUCAGACUUGGACUAUGAUUAUCUACAGAACUGGGGACCUCGUUUUAAGAAACUAGCAGAUUUGUAUGGUUCCAAAGACACUUUUGAUGACGAUUCUUAACAAUAACGAUACAAAUUUGGCCUUAAGAACUGUGUCUGGCGUUCUCAAGAAUCUAGAAGAUGUGUAAACAGGUAUUUUUUUAAAUCAAGGAAAGGCUCAUUUAAAACAGGCAAAGUUUUACAGAGAGGAUACAUUUAAUAAAACUGCGAGGACAUCAAAGUGGUAAAUACUGUGAAAUACCUUUUCUCACAAAAAGGCAAAUAUUGAAGUUGUUUAUCAACUUCGCUAGAAAAAAAACACUUGGCAUACAAAAUAUUUAAGUGAAGGAGAAGUCUAACGCUGAACUGACAAUGAAGGGAAAUUGUUUAUGUGUUAUGAACAUCCAAGUCUUUCUUCUUUUUUAAGUUGUCAAAGAAGCUUCCACAAAAUUGGAAAGGACAACAGUUCUGAGCUGUAAUUUCGCCUUAAACUCUGGACACUCUAUAUGUAGUGCAUUUUUAAACUUGAAAUAUAUAAUAUUCAGCCAGCUUAAACCCAUACAAUGUAUGUACAAUACAAUGUACAAUUAUGUCUCUUGAGCAUCAAUCUUGUUACUGCUGAUUCUUGUAAAUCUUUUUGCUUCUACUUUCAUCUUAAACUAAUACGUGCCAGAUAUAACUGUCUUGUUUCAGUGAGAGACGCCCUAUUUCUAUGUCAUUUUUAAUGUAUCUAUUUGUACAAUUUUAAAGUUCUUAUUUUAGUAUACAUACAAAUAUCAGUAUUCUGACAUGUAAGAAAAUGUUACGGCAUCACACUUAUAUUUUAUGAACAUUGUACUGUUGCUUUAAUAUGAGCUUCAAUAUAAGAAGCAAUCUUUGAAAUAAAAAAAGAUUCUUUUUUAAUUCUGGGUUUGAUUCUUAACAUUGAAACAAACGUUAAGUAUUUCUAAUGAUCCAUUUAUAUUUCUAAUUUAAUUGUGAUCUUUUAAUAACCCUAUUUAUGAUCUGUUGUUGUCUGUCUGCUGCUUUUAUUGUUUAUUUAAAAUCAAAUAUGUUUUACAAAUGUUUUUUCAGACAAGAUUCUGUAACAUCAUGUAAAGCUUUUUUGUACAUUCUUGGUGUUAACCUCCUGGCUUCUCUUCACACACAUCUUCUAAAAAAGAAGGAUGUGAAAGAACUAGGUCAGUCUAUGACUUUGCAAUAUGUGUUAUAUAAUAUGCAUUUAUCUUGUAUAUCAGUAAUUUGAUGGUUAUGAGAGAUGAAUCCAUGAGGGAAUGGAGCUAUCAGAACUCUAAUGUUCCAGGUAUACAUUCUAUGCCCCACACUGAGCACUGGGGAACUGGGGGACUAGAGUCAAAAAUAUAAAUUUGCCCAGACUCUAAUGUUAUUCUAUUUCUUCUUAUGUUGAACUUACCAGGCUAUUGUAAGACUCUUGACAGUUGAAACUGCUUAUUUUUCCUCCUGUAAUUUUAACUAAUUGUAAAAUGAUGUGGCAUUUUAUGUUUUAAUGAGAAUGGGCGAUUCAUUUUAAAAAGCUUUGUUUAGAAUAUGCUUGGGGCCGUAAGCUCAGAAUGAGGGCGGGGACCAUUUUGGAUUCUGAGAGUCGAUGCCAUUUGGUCCAGGAGUGUGUCUACAGUCCCCUGCAUUCCAGCUAGUUUCUUGGGGAUUGAAACUUAUGUGAAGGGCAUUUCACCUGUUCAGUUGGGCCAAAGGUCAAAACGUAGCAAUACUUGGGGAAAGACCACAUAAAGUCACACUGCAAGUGCUUUCCCUCUUUCCCCCUACACACAGGGCACGUGCUUUUUCUUGGAUUGCAGAUAAUUUUUACAGUUUUUUUCUGACUUUAUUGUGAAAGUUUGUUUCAAGCAUUUCUUGAUAUCAUGUUACAUACUAUUUUUAUGAUUUAGUCAACAUGCAUACAAAGAAAUGUUUUUUAUGAAGUGCUCACUUCCAUUUUACUUUGCAUUGAAAUCAAAUUAGGCUGAACACUUCAAUGGAAUACAUUUUGUGGACAAUGUCACUUUAGAAUCUUUCAUCUCAGUGAAGGAUUACACAUUCUCAAUACUUCCAUAAUUGCAGGUUGUGUUCAUUUUUUUAUAUAGUUUUUGUAAUCCAAAGAAUAUUUUGCUAGAUUUGCACAGAUCUCCAAUUGAAUUUGCAAUGAAGACAUAACUCAAAAGGAAUAUGAAUAGCAUUUAAAUAAGUAUACAGCUGUAAGUAACCCUGUCACCAUGGAUGAUCCUUUUCUCUAGGAAUGUAUUUGGAUUAGAGAUGACAACUACAUUUUCGCAUUUUUAUGUUGAAGUCUUUUUUAAAAAGGCUGUUUACUUUUCAGUAGUUAAGAAUACUUGUUUUUCUUUUCUUUUUUUUUUUUUACCUUUUAUUUUUUCGUUAAGCCUCUAUUGUUUGUAGAACACUCUUAGAAACUUGGAAAUAAAAUGUCUUUCCCAA